AUGACAGCUUUGCGUCUCCCAGUUGAGCUCAUUGAACAGAUUGUAGGCUACCUUGAAUGUGCAAAUGAUAUCAAUGCCCUCGCUCGCACACAUGGAAACUUCUACCGCGCCGUGAAUCCCAUGCUGUAUCGACAUAAUGUACACCAUAAUAACAGCUCUGCAUUAUCCUGGGGAAUCGAGCACAAAUGCCUCGCGACUGUUCAGAAGUCUUUGGAGGCCGGUGCGUCGGCGGACAAGUGUGAUCCGGACACUCUCUGGCGACCCAUGGCGUUGGCGGUGAUAGAGGGCGAUGAAGCCAUUGUCCGGUAUCUGUAUGAGCAGGGCGGAGUCGACAUCCGUCACAAACGGGGGCAUCUAGCCAUUGUGCGGUGGCUGGUCGAUGCGGGAGCAGACAUCGACGCCCGGGAUCAUGGAUAUUGGACUCCCCUCGUGCUAUCUGCGCGCGGGGGCCACCUCGAGGUCAUGCGGUUCCUGCUUCAACGGGGAGCCGAUUCUACUAUCCCCACGGCACCGGAUGGAUGCUCCGCCUUGUGUUGGGCAGCGCGCCUGAGUCGCUUCGAAUGUGUUCGGUAUCUGCUCGAUGCAGGCGUGAUGGACCAGUUAACCCGCUGCCACGGCUCAGAAUCGCCGUCGUCCCAUAAUGUUACGUUGUGUCCCCUUACGUCAAACGCACUCUUGAAAUGCGACAACAUAGUUGAUCUUCUCUUUGAACGAUGGGGUUACCUAGCUAGCACCGUUGAACCCGCAAACAAGGCUGCGCUGCUGUGCGUAGCCGCGGCGCGCGGGAAUACAGCUCUGGUUCGGCAGCUACUUGAGUGCCAUGGGUACGACCCAAAUUCUCGAUGUGGUCAAAUGUUCAUUUUGGAUGAUCUCCCGACUGCCCUCUGCUGGGCUGUAGUCCGAGGUCACGCCGAGGUGGUCCAGGUGUUCCUCGAUCACGGUGCAGAGGUAUCUCCAUCGCCAGGACUGAUGCAUAUGCGGAAGCCCUUUAUCGAGGCCAUUAAGCAGGGCUCGGAAGCCAUGGUCUCCAUGCUACUUAGCGCUGGGGCAGACCCCAAUGACCAGGAUGCACAGGACCGUUAUCCAGCAUUAAGACAUGCCAUCCCCUUUGAGGGCAUAUUCAGUCACUUGCUUGCCGCCGGGGCUGAUCCUACCGCCGUAGACCGCCCAGGUGAUACUUUACCUGCUAUCGUUCUGGCAUCAGGCCGCACUGCACUAGUCCAGAUGCUGAUAGAUAAGGGAAUUGAUCUGCCAUGCCAUAUGGAUCUGGCCAAAUUUCUUCACCAAGCCAUCCGAGGGGGGGCGGCUGUUCUCGAUCUGCUCGUCCGGACGGGGAAAUGGAAUAGCUACCUCUUCCCAGAGCACUUGGACAAAACCGCAUGCGAGCAGGCCCUCGCGAUCGCAGCCUCUACGGGGAAGAUUGAGACACUUCAGUGGCUGCUAGACAGAGGCUUUUCGGUGGCCCAAUCGUCUCCCACUGUCAACUUGAUCGCUGAAGCAGCAUGUACAGCUGCAACCGAUGCAGACGCCGCCGAAACCAUCGAUCUGCUGCUUCAACACGGCCUGGACAUAAACAAACGCAUCCACGAACGCAUUGGCCGUAAGACAGCAUUAGCACACGUGGCCUAUCACUACAAUAUGCAUACGGAUAGCGACACCGGCCGCGUCCGCCUGCGAAUGCUGGUCGAUCGCGGCGCCCAUCUCCUGCCACCGCGCAGCCCUUGCGAGAGAUACAAUCCUUAUAUAUCCACUACCGCAGUUUCUGUUGGUGUGAGCUCUGUGUUGGAUGAGAUGAUAUUCCAGGAGAUGGAGGCCCGGCGUGAGCCGUGGAUAGCGGUGGAAUGGCUCUUUAAGUACGCUGAGCUCGAUGCGCGUGACCGAUGGGAUUGGGAGGGAGUUAAGAUGAUAAAACGGUAUUCGUGGAGGGUGCGGUAUCCUGUACCUAGAUGA